UUUAGAGUAGUAUUUUCAACAGGUUUGCCACCAGAACACAGGUGUUGUGAAAACCAUCACUAAACCUCCACAAAAAUGGGCAAGGAAAAGACUCAUAUUAGCAUCGUCGUCAUUGGACACACAGACUCUGGCAAGUUCACUACUACUGGCCAUCUCAUUUACAAAUGUGGUGGAAUUGAUAAAAGGACCAUUGAGAAGUUUGAGAAGGAGGCUGCUGAGAUAGGAAAGAGCUCCUUCAAAUAUGCUUGGGUCUUGGAUAAGCUGAAGGCUGAACAUGAGUGUGGUAUCACUAUUAAUAUCUCCCUGUGGAAAUUUGAGACCAUCAAGUAUUAUGUGACCAUUAUUGAUGCUCCGGAACACAGAGACUUUAUCAUGAACAUGAUUACAGGCACAUCUCAGGCUGACUCUGCUGUCCUGAUUGUUGCUGCUGAUAUUGGUGAAUUUGAAGCUGGCAUCUCAAAGAAUGGGCAGACCCAUGAGCAUGCCCUUCUGGCCUACACACUAGGUGUGAAACAACCGAUUGUUGGCAUCAACAAAAUGGAUUCCACUGAGCCCCCCUACAGCCAGAAGAGAUAUGCAUCAAUUCUUAAGGAAGUCAGUACCUACAUUAAGAAAAUUGGCUACAAUUGGCUACAACCUGACACAGUAGCUUUUGUGCCAAUUUCAGGUUGGAAUGGUGACAACAUGCUGGAGCCAAGCUCCAAUAUGCCUUGGUUCAAGGGAUGGAAAGUCACCCGUAAGGAAGGCAAUGAUAAUGGAACUACACUGCUUGAAGCUUUGGAUUGCAUCUUGCCAGAAACUUGUCCAACUGACAAGUCCCUUCGUGGUUGUCAAACUCUUAGAUUUAAAAUUAGGGUUAAAGUCUGA